AUGGCUAGUGAUGACGACAGGGAUCCUGGUGCAGAUUCAGAUGCCUUGAAGCGCCCAGCUGCUUGUAUACCAAAAGCAAAACCAAAGGCAAAAGGGCCGAGGCCCUUGAAAAGGCCUGCUGCCUGCGUUUCGACCAGUCCCGAUGAUGAGGCAGACGCUGUCUUGAAAAAACCAGCAGCAGGUCCUGAUGUUGCAGCAGCUGCUCCUCCUGCUCCUGCCGCCUCUCCCCUUCCAGGGUGUGGGGGAGUCACUGACACGUGGGAGUGGGUGGCUGUUGAGGGGCAACAGCACCUGCGAGAAUGCGUGAUUGGCGACUGGAAGGUGCGGGAAUUUAUCCGGAAGGCUGGCAACCUGAAGGGUGAGAAGUGGAGAUUGUUUGACCACACACCGACCGAGAAGACUUACAAGUCACUGAAGCAGGCCGUUGCAGCUGGCUUCACGCCUCCGGAUCCGAAGGAUGUGGACUGA